ACCGCCAUGCUGUGGGGCAGCGGCGGCGGCGGCGGCAACACGGUCCCCGGCGGCGCGGCUGGUGCAAGGAAAUCCUCCUCCUCCGCCUCCUCCGCCGCCGCCUCCGCCUCGCUGCACGCCGGCAGGAGCAGCAUGCACCAUCGGAACGAGUCCCAGCGGCUGGGCAAGCCUGGCUGCGCGCCAGCCGAGCAGCCCGCGUUGCAAAUGGCAAAUAAUAAUUUCCUCUCCACCUUAUCCCCCGACCACUGCAGACCUUUGGCUGGGGAAUGCAUGAACAAGCUCAAAUGCGGCGCUGCUGAAGCAGAGAUAAUGAAUCUCCCCGAGCGCGUGGGGACUUUUUCCGCUAUCCCGGCUUUAGGGGGCAUCUCAUUACCUCCAGGGGUCAUCGUCAUGACAGCCCUUCACUCCCCCGCAGCAGCCUCAGCAGCCGUCACAGACAGUGCGUUUCAAAUUGCCAAUCUGGCAGACUGCCCGCAGAACCAUUCCUCCUCCUCCUCGUCCUCCUCCUCCCUGGGAGCCGCCGGAGGAGGGGGGGCGGGAGGAGGAGGAGGCGGGGGAGGAGGGGCAGGCAACCCUGCCAAGAAGAAGAGGAAAAGGUGUGGGGUCUGCGUGCCCUGCAAGAGGCUCAUCAACUGUGGCGUCUGCAGCAGCUGCAGGAACCGCAAAACGGGACACCAGAUCUGCAAAUUUAGAAAAUGUGAAGAGCUAAAGAAAAAACCUGGCACUUCACUAGAGGCAUAUGAUAUAACUUUCAAGAGAACACCUGUUCCCAGCGCUGAAGCAUUCCGAUGGUUCUUUUAAGCAGUAGUAUAUCUUAUUUUCAAGGCAGUCCAAAGUGAAUGGCAAGCUAAAGUCUUGUUUUAAGAAACUGCUUAGUCCACCAUUGAAGAAUAUACUCAGAUACUAUUUUCAUUUAUGUAUAGGGGUUUCCUCAAAAACAAAACUUAAACAAUCUGGAAGCCGGGGAAUUGGCCAGUUUAUUCACAUUCAGUACACUGAAUCUUUAUUUGAUGUAACUUAGCUAUACUAGUGAAGUUGUUGUCUAUUUUUAAAGUGGCUGUAAAAAAAAAAGUUUGGGUAAACCCCUGCUGUAAAAUCAUGUAUCUUUGAAAAGUAACAUAUCUAUACUUCAUUUUCAGAUAUAUGUGUUUUGGUACUGUAAACUGUACAGAUAGCAGCUUGUAUUUUGUGUGUUUAGACACAAGGAGACAAUCAUGUCUGAGCAUCUAUGGAGAUUAACGGUUUGUACACAACAGUGUGGUUCUGCAAGUUAAAUCUGGAGCAAUAAAUUCUAGCUUUAAAUAUUAUUUUGCUGGCUGUUUAACAGCAGCAGUAGCAGCAGCAGCACUGUUUUACCAUGCAUCCUUCCAUAGACACUUGAUGCCAAGUGUUACAAGAUUAAAAGAUUAUGUUGCAUCUAGCAAUUACCUUCAGUUGUAUUGUUGUAAGAGGGGAAGACAUAAAAUCCAAAAUUAAUCUUUUUGAGCACUAUUUUAGAGUAGUAGUUGUGCACUUGCAUUGCUUCCAAAAGAGCUUUACAGAAGGGUAUCCGUCCAAAGUAACACACCAUAGCUGGCUUGCUUUUGACUGUGCUGUAAGGUGAAAUGCACAGUAUAGAUGGACAUGCGGAAUCAGUCAUUUUAUAUAUAGCAUGUUCCAGCAUACAAAAUGAAAAGAGUACCAUAUCUGAGAAAAAUCUAUGUCUCAAUGUAUUUACCUUCCCACUAAGAGUUGCUAUGUAGGUUUUUUCAAUAGAUGGAAUAAAAAUUUUAUAAAAUAUAUGAAAAUAUUUUCGCUCCAUGUGCAACAUUUAGAGAUUAGGCUAGUUUAGAAAUUUAGACAGGCUUGGAUCUCUCCUGCAGUUGUGAAGGCCAUGAGAGCGUGGGUAUUUUUUAAGUAUAUAAGAAAACCCCACAUUUUUUCAACGAGUGACUAUUUGUCCCCACACAUCUUUCUUUGUCCACUGAUCUUGGGCUUGCUGAAUCACUGGUCCCUCGG